GCCGUCCCUUAAAGCACGCAGGACCAUGCUAGCGAGUGUCCUGGCGCCUCGUAGCCACGGGAAAGACGAGGGAGGGCGAGAUGCGCGCCUGAUGGGGAGCGGGCCAUUGCUCGCCCGGUGUUAUGACUAGGCUGUAUUUUGACCCAGCAUCGCCACCCUCAUCAGGGCUGGGGCAUCGAGGAGGGCCCUUGUGUUGUGAGCAUCCGUCCCUUGGCUGGUGAAGGCCCAUGGCACGUAUCACGGGCGGGGUGGGCGCGGGCGGGCGUGUUUAUCUGGAGCGCGCCUGGAUCAAUACACCAUUGGUGGCAGGGAGGGUUGAGGCGCCCCGUCCUCUCGACCCGCCUUCGUAAUGCUCUCUAUAUUUACAUCCUGCCGUUUCCUACUCAGCCUUAGGCCAUCGCUCCACCACCGUGGCUGCCCCUGCUGCCUCGUAUAGGUCCAUGCCUCGCCCGUACCCUCCAGCGCGCAGCUUUUGUCCCUGAAAAUCUGCCUCCCGGGCCGGGCGGGGCGUGAGGACCUGCUGCCCUGCUGGUGACGUUUCUGCCGCCGCCGCCGCCGCCUCCGCCGCCGCCGCUGCAGCCGCCCCGGACGCCCCCUCAGCGGGCCUUGGUGAUUGGGCAUGCCCCUGUGGGAAGACCGUGAGCAGUGCGUGUUGGGGCAGAGUCCGUGGGAGUCGCUACCUGGGGCCUCGCAGGGGCGUGGAGGAGGGCGAGGAGGGCUGGACCCACUGGUAUGCCUGCUUCAGGAGCCUCCAUUCGCGCGCUGACUCCCACACUUCACCCCCCUCUGUCUCCCUCCCCCCACAACCCGGGCCACGCCACACACCACAUAGCGUUCUUCCCUACGUUCCUUCCUCACUUGGUUUCCAUCAGAUGUGUCUUCGUUAACCAGUGACUCACUCGCCUGUGUAGUAUAUAUAAACUGUUCGUCUGAGCCUGAGUCUUACUUGCGUUAUUAUAAGUAAGUGAGGCCCCGCCCCGCCCCCCAAGACACCUUGAUCGUGAAGGAGGAGCAGGUGGUUGUGGUUGUGGUGGUUGUUUGUUUGUUGUUGUCUCGCGCGCUCAUCGUGAUAAAGUAAGAAAAUAUUAGAUAGAAAAAAGAAAAUAAGAAAUUCUAAGAAAAAGUGAAUAAAAAGAAGAAAAAUAUAAAAGAAAAGGUAGAAGAAAAUCGGUGCAUUCCUAUAAAUAUAUAAAUAUAUAUAUUUUUCGACAGCAGUUUAGUCUUUUUUCAUUUUUAUAUUUUCCCCUCGUGUCCUUGCUUACGCUGGUGAUCUAGGGAGUAAGGGAGUGUGUAAGUGAGCGAGUGAGUGUGUGAGUGAGUGAGAGCAAGGCGUGACGGGAGCAUCUGCUAAGGUAUCGAACUUGUGUGCGGAUGUCUGGAGUCGGCUGCUGGGCACUCCGCCACACUGCUGCUGCUGCCGCCACCACCACUGCCGCUUCCGCUCUCCCUUCCCUUACUACUGUUCUUCGUUCUCCCGCUACUAAUAUCACCGCUACUGCUGCUGCUGUCACUGCUACUACUACUACUACUAAUACUACCACCACUACUACUACUACUACAACUACUAGAACUGCAACUAAUACUGCUGCUACUACUACAACAACUACUCCUGGCACUACUGCUGCUGGUGCUGCUACCACUACUACUGCUACUACUACUACUACUACCACUACUGCUGCUGCUGCAACUACCAGUGGUGCGGGUUCUGCCUGUGUUCAGGGGUUCCUCUCCUCUGUACAGGCCACUACCCACUCCAAGGCUGCGGAAGAAGACAUGAGGUGAUGGCGCGGCUGGCGGGGGUAGUGGCGGUGGUGGUGUCGGUGGUGGUGGUGGUGGUGGUGGCGGGACUGUUGGCUCCAGUAAGGGGAUCCAGCCCUCCCGAGGACAACAUUGCAAACCAGUUCAACAUAGGCGGCAUACUGUCCAAUAACAAAUCCCACGUACACUUCAGCCAAACCAUAAAACAGAAGAUCAACGACAACAGGACCUACGUGGACGGGAACACGACCCUCCACGAAGUGACGAUGCUCAUGGACUCCAACCCGAUCCGCACCGCCCUCGAGGUCUGCAAACAGCUCGUCUCUAGAUCGGUAUACGCCGUGAUCGUGUCCCAUCCCCUCAACGGUGACCUUUCCCCGGCUGCUGUCUCUUACACGAGCGGCUUCUAUCACAUCCCCGUCAUCGGUAUAUCCUCCAGGGACUCCGCUUUCUCGGAUAAGAAUAUCCACGUGUCCUUCCUACGCACCGUGCCCCCAUACAGCCACCAGGCCGACGUGUGGGUGGAGCUGCUCAAGACCUUCCAGUACACCCAAGUGGUCUUCGUGCACUCCUCAGACACGGACGGGCGCGCGCUCCUCACCCGCUUCCAAAACCAAGCUCAAAGCCAUGAGGACGACAAGGAUAUCAAGUUAGAAAACGUGAUAGAGUUCGAGCCGGGACUCAACUCCUUCGUGGACAAACUCAAGGAAAUGAGAGAAGCGUCAGCAAGGGUCAUUCUCCUCUACGCCAACAAAGACGACGCGGGCACCAUUUUCCACGACGCCAGCUACAUGAACAUGACGGGUCGCGGCUACGUGUGGGUGGUGACCGAACAAGCCCUCAGCGCCAGCCACGUCCCUCCCGGCGCCAUCGGCCUCAAGCUGGUCAACGCCUCCAACGAGGACGCCCACAUCACCGACAGCCUCUACGUGUUGGCGAUGGCCUUGAAGAAGCUGCGGGAGGAACAGAACUCAACGCAGCCGCCGCCCAAGGACUGCAACGACACGAGGGGCUCUUGGGAAACCGGCAAGAAACUAUUCCAGUACAUCUUGGAACAGGUGCUCAAUUACGGCCUCACGGGUAAGGUCGCCUUCGAUGAGAACGGCGACCGAAUCAACGCCGAGUAUGACGUCAUCAACAUCCAGGAACUCAACACGACCGGUCAUGUGAUCAAGGACCACAUACCGGUCGGGCAGUAUAAAUAUAACAAGCCGCCUCGCAGUGCAGGGAAAGAGGAGGGUGGGAAGACCAUUGGCUCCACCACCCCGCAGCCGCAGACCAAGGAGUCGAUGACGCUUGUGAUCAACGAGAACGCCAUCGUCUGGCCCGGCAACACCACCAUCAAGCCUCAGGGAUACAUGAUCCCCACCAGGCUGAAGGUGCUGACUAUCGAGGAGAAGCCGUUUGUCACCACGCAGAAAAUCGAGAGCAAGGCUGAGUGUCUGGGCGGCGGGCGGGUGCUGUGUCCCUGGUUCAACUCGUCCGGCGAAGGCUCCGAUCUCUACUGCUGCACCGGCUACUGCAUCGACCUGCUCACCACACUCGCCAGCAAGAUCAACUUCACCUUCGAACUGGCCCUCUCCCCUGACGGCCAGUUCGGUUCUCUACAGAUGAGAGAAAGCACAGGCAAGAAGGAGUGGACGGGCCUCAUCGGGCAGCUGGUGAAUCAGACCCACGGAGCUGACAUGAUCGUGGCGCCGCUCACCAUCAACCCGGAGAGAGCCCAGGUCAUCGAGUUCUCCAAGCCUUUCAAGUACCAGGGAAUCACCAUCCUCGAGAGAAAGCAACCUCGCUACUCCACGUUGGUGUCGUUCCUGCAACCCUUUCGCAACACCCUCUGGAUCCUGGUGAUGGUGUCCGUGCAUGUGGUGGCGCUGGUGCUUUACCUCCUCGACAGAUUUAGUCCUUUCGGCAGGUACAAGCUGGCCAACACGGACGGCACGGAGGAAGACGCCCUCAACCUGUCCUCGGCAAUAUGGUUUGCCUGGGGAGUAUUGCUCAACAGUGGGAUUGGUGAAGGCACGCCGCGGAGCUUCAGCGCGAGGGUGCUGGGCAUGGUGUGGGCCGGCUUCGCCAUGAUCAUCGUCGCCUCAUACACUGCCAACCUGGCGGCCUUCCUCGUGCUGGACCGACCCCAGACCUCCCUCACCGGCAUCAACGACGCCAGGUUACGAAACCCGAUGGAGAACUUCACGUACGCGACGGUGAAGGGCUCCUCGGUGGACAUGUACUUCAGGCGACAAGUGGAGCUGAGCAACAUGUACCGCACGAUGGAGGGCAACAACUACCCCACCGCCGAGGCCGCCAUCACCGCCGUCAAGUCCGGGAAGCUGAAGGCGUUCAUCUGGGACAGCUCGCGCCUGGAGUACGAGGCGGCCCAGGACUGCGAGCUGGUGACGGCCGGCGAGCUCUUCGGAAGGUCCGGCUACGGCAUCGGCCUCAAAAAGAACUCUCCGUGGGCCGACCGGGUGACGUUGGCCAUCCUGGAGUUCCACGAGAGUGGCUACAUGGAGGAGCUAGACAACAAGUGGAUCUUACAGAACCAGGAGGACACUUGCAACACAGACGAGAAGGCGCCCGCCACCCUUGGCCUCAAGAACAUGGCAGGCGUGUUCAUCCUGGUGGCGGCCGGCAUCGUGGGCGGCAUUGGGCUCAUCAUUAUCGAGAUUAUCUACAAGAAGCAUCAAAUCAAGAAGCAGAAGCGUCUGGAGAUCGCCCGCCACGCCGCCGACAAGUGGAGAGUCGCUAUCGAGAAGAGGAAGACUUUGCGUGCCUCAAUGAUGAUGCAGAGGAGACUGAAGGCGAACGGCGUCAAUGAGCCCUCAGUGAUCUGUGUCAACGUCGAGAGCGGAGCCGGAGCCGGGGCUGGGGCCGGGGCUGGGGCAAUGGGAGGGGCAGCGGGAGGGGCAAUAGCGGGGCCACCGGCAACGGCAGCGGCGGGGGCCGGGGCAGCGAGUGUAUCUGUCAGUUCUGGUAGUGGUGCUGCUGCUUCUGGGGCAGCAGGCAUUGGAGUGAUUGACUUGCCACGGAUGCUGCCCCCGCCCCCACCUGCCCCACCAGCCCCACCCUCACCCCCAGGCUUGCCGCCAGAUGUGCCCCCGGCACCCCCUGCCCCACGCUGGGGCAACGACAUACGGCAACGGCACAUUUCCUCAGCUCAGGACGAUGCUCUGCCCCCACCCCCGCCGCCCCCCAAGGGCGUGGACACCAUGCGGCUGCACGCUUCCUACAAGAACCUGUUCGGCCCCGACCCGCCUGACCUGGUGGCGUGAGCGUCUGCUGCGGCCUCUGUAUCAGAGGCGGCCAGGCUCACAGGGGCGGGGGAUCCUGGCGGGGAGGACCACUCACUCCCACCUACAUUACGUCCACUCGGCGGCGCCCCGGGCCAUGCCUCCCUCGGGCCCCAGCGCCGGGGGCCACCAAAGGCCCCGGCCAGGCCAGGGGGCACUAACUACGCUUCUCACUCGUCAACAACAUUGUAUAAAUCAUAAACAUUUAUAGCAUGUUAUAAGUGGGUCCUGGAACCUGGACCAGCCCGACUUUGUUUAUUUUGGUAAAACACAUUCAUCCCUUGAGCUCCUCCUGGCUAAUAACCAAACGGUGAAUUUAUGAUUACAACAAUUACUAGCGGGUGGUAAGGUACUAUGUGGUGGUAUGUGUGUAGAUACGAUGUGUGUCUGUGUGCACGAGUGAUGGACGUGUGUGAGCAUAUAUGGUGUAUACAUGGUUGAUGGCUGGAUGCCGUGUGUAAGUAUUUGCAUGUUUGUAUAGUCAGGAGCCGACAAGUGUCAACCAGCCCCACCCUCACCAGGAGUUUUAUAUAUAUAAAUAUAUAUACCUAGCUAGGGAGUAUUAGUGUGGAGCCCCAAUCCCUGUGGUGGGGCGGGGAAGGACUCGCCAUCACGCCCGGCGCAAGGCGGAAGCGGUGCAGAGGAGCACCUCGAGCAGCCAGGGCCGCGGCGGGCACAGUCACCCUCCCUCAUACCGCCCGUCACGAAGGUUCAGGAAUGCGUCACCGCUUGUGUCACCCGCUGCGUGCUGGACCCAAGCAUACUGCAUCCCCUCAUCCCCCGACACACCCACCAGCGGCGGGGCCUCGCGAUGGCUCCUCCUCCAGACGGGCUGCGUCGCGGGAGGCUGCGCGGCGCCGGCCUCCACACGACGCAGUCACCUGCUGGAAAAAAGUAAUAACUAAAUAAUAAUAAUAAUGAAGUGCUGGGUUCCCUCGUCAGCCCCGGCCAGGAAGUGGAUGCGUAGACACAUUCUGCAUGUUAGCCGGAGAUCAAGAUGGGUGAUAAUGCUCAGUUUGCCCCAAUCAUCCAUAAAGACAGCACAGGGUGACUGCGGCUUCCCCCUCCCACCACUGUUUUCUGUUAGCCUUGUAAGGCUUGCUAAUAUCCGGAAUCUACAUUGUUGAUGAUACGCUUAUUAUCGUUGUGUGUUGUGACGACGACCACUCGGCGGCCCCGCACAGACCACUCUCAGGCCGCCAGGCUGGUGCUGCACGCCGAGGACUUGUGGUGUGCUGGUCUGUUCCCGCUGCUGUUUAUAUGUAUACACUUGUUUGUAAAUCGGAGGCUGACGAAAUAUGAAAUUUAAACAAAAGACAUUUUCCAAGAACUUUUAAGAAAAAAAAAUAUUGCAGAAGCUUAUAAACUUAGCUAAUAAUGUUUAGAAAAGUUAGUAAAAAUAAAUUGUUAAAUAACGAUCAUUAUGAUUUCACUCACAACACGAGGGCGGCUGGGCGCAGCACCGCCCGGGAGCCGGCCACUCCGGCGUUCAGGCCCGCAGGUGUUGCAAUAAGAUGCCAUGAGCCUUGUCACACCACUACUGGAGGGUGAGAAUAGCCUACUAUGUGGCGUAGAAAGGUGUUUAGUCUGUGUGUGCGCGCAUGUGCGUGUGUGAGUGGUCGCAUGUACGCGUGUGCGUGUGCGUGGAUAUGUGUGUUUGAUACAAGCAUUCACAUUGGAGCUAAAAAAACUUACUAAUGUAAUAGUAGUUUUUGUGAAUUUUGUAUUAUUUUAAGAUUUUAUUUUGUGGCCUCAAAUGUGAUUUUCAUUGUUGUUGUAAUUCGAUUACUUUGGUCUAGACAAUAACAUUUACGCUCACGUCGCCCGUGCAGGCUCCGCGGCCCCGCACCUUCUUCACGAGGGAAUCCUUCGCCUGCUGACUGGCAGUGCCACCACUAUACUAUGGGUUCAUAUACGUGUGUCAUGAUUUAUUAAAUUAUUUUUUUGCAUGUUAUAAGUAUUUGUACUGGUUACAUUUGUGGUGACGGGAGUUGUGUGGCCAUGCUGUCCGGUGACCUGGAAGAUGAACUUUUUUUAUUCUCUCAAUAUGCCAUGUAAGAUAUCACACGAGGACAAACGUAGCCCGUGUGUGUGCCAAAACGCCCUGCUGCUGCCCCACACGGCUCCCGCUGCCCCCUUGACUGCUGCUCUCCACUAUAACUAACGACAUGUCUCAGUGGCCCGCGGCGUGGGUCUCCGCAGUGCCGGGAUGCUCGAGCCGCUCACUCCUGUCUGGCGCUCACUCACGCUGAGCACUGUAUAGUGAACACUCAGACUCCUCCACGCCGUGCUCCUGUGGAACAUGGGAGUCAUUGACAUAGUUGUGAACGAUUUAAACACGUACAAGAAAACAUCUUUGGUCAAGAUUUUUUUUUUACAAUAUUGAAUCGAUUGUAAUAUAAAUGGUUGCAUAGAAAGUCUCGAGCCACACACUGGCUGGAAACUGGUGUGGCUGUGUUCUUUCUGCAACGCAAAUAUUUUAUACGAACCUACCUAGUACAACAUCCACUUCAUCGAGUAACCAGCUUGUUAAUGUAUAAAUCAUAUUUCCGCACUAUACCUUCAAUUUCUCCUUCCAUCUUUUAUCAUUGCCGUUAUUUUUAGCUAGAGGCGAGCGACGCGAAGCCAAGCUGGAGUGUGAUAACCUGUGAUACCAGAGGAGAGAGCGCCCCGCUGCCGGGACCCAGCCGACGCCACUCUAAGUUAUUUCAUGUUUUAGAUUUAUUGUUGCAUUAGAAUACUGUUGUUGCUCUAUUAAAUAAAUUUAAUGUUUAGUAUAAUUCACUAUGAAUUAGGCUACGAAACUCACUUCCAUUAAAUAAACCAUGUGGCCGUGACGUGUAAAGUGGUGGGCGAGGCUAGUAAAGUCAAUCACUAUUAUAAUUUUA